AUGCCCGCUACCGCGGAGGCCGUCAACGGCCAUGACUCACAAAAUGGUGUAAAUGGAACACAUAAACCAGACGAGAUACCCGUCACGAGCAUCUUCGCGAACUUUGUCGCCAAUGCAAAUACCGAUGAUCUCACUCCUCACAUACGAGACCGUCUCAAAGAAUACAUUAUCGACUUCUUCGGCGUCUCACUCGCCGCGGGCCACUCGUCGGAAUCGACGCUGCCAUUCUGCAACGCCGUCAAGGCUCUGGGAGGACAGAAUAAUGGCUCAUGUACAGUCCUUGGUAAAGGCAAAACUUUUACUCCUCAAUAUGCCGGUUUAUUGAAUGCCACCCUGGGCCAUUCUUUGGAUUUUGACGACACCUACGCGAAAGGGACGCUGCACGCCGGUGUCACUGCCAUCGGCGCAGGCUUGACACAAGCAGAACUGUUGGGCGAUCAAGCGAGCAUGGACCGGUUUCUGCUGGCCGUUGCUGUGGGAUAUGAAAUCACCUGUCGCUUGGGCAAGGAACUUGGCAAUGAUGCAUACGCUCGCGGCUUUCACAAUACGUCCACGGCCGGAAUCUUUGGUGCAGUUGCAACCAUCGCAGUCCUCAAAGGCUUGCCCAUCGAGACCGUCGAAAACGCAUUUGGCCUGGCGGGCUCAAAGGCAGCCGGAUCAAUGCAAUAUCUCGAGAACGGAAGUUGGAACAAGAGACUCCACCCGGGCUUCGCAGUGCAUGAUGCGUUUAUGUGCGUGGCUCUGGCCGAGGCAGGCGUUAUUGGCGCGGCCAAGAUCUUCGAAGGGACAUUCGGUUUUCUGCAUGCGUACAGUCCGAAACCAGAUAAGGAUCUGACCUAUCUCACUGCAGAUCUAGGUAAGAGAUGGGAGUUUCUUGAGACCUCUCUGAAGCCAUUCCCAGCAUGCCGAAUGACACACGGCUUCAUCGAGCAUGCGGUGAAAUUGGGGCGUGACAAGGGCUGCUCGAAAGCCCAGGAUGUCAAGAGCAUUACUUUGGCCCUGAGUCCCGCAAACGUGGGCGUUGUCGGUGCACCAAUUCCCAACAAAGUCCAUCCGGAGAACAUGGUCGACGCCCAAUUUUCUGCUUAUUUCACCACGGCGAACAGUUUCCUGUACGGCUCCGACAAUGGCGUCCGCUGCUAUGAAAAGGACAGGCUCAUGGACCCCCAGAUCCGAGAGCUAUCCGACAAGAUUAGAUGUGUUGGCGACAGCUCCAUCCGGGAAUUUGGUUCGAAGAUGAAAGUCGAGUAUGCAAAUGGGGAGGUUGCCGAGAUUGACAUUCCCUAUCCCCUAGGAGAGUUGCAACAUCCUUUCACGAGGGAGCAGGUUGAUGCGAAGUUCUUCAGUCUCGUCAACCCGAUCUACGGGGAAAAGACGGCGAGGAGGAUACGUGAUGCGGUGGACAGCAUUGAGAAACAUACUGUGAGCGAGUUGCUCGGGAUGUGUUGA